CUUAAACCUUGUUCCCCCUCACUCCCCUUCAAACCAAAACCAUAUUUUUUCCCCCACUACGCUCGAAGCACGAUGCGACCACUGUUCUGUCUUCCUCUAUUCUCUCUUCCUCUCCUCCUACUCCUGCUCUUGUCCUCCACCGACGCACAGUCACACAACAUAACCCGUAUACUCGCAAAACACCCUGAAUUCUCCACCUUCAACCACUACUUAACGACCACGCACCUGGCGGAUGAGAUCAACCGCCGCCGGACAAUUACCGUUUGCGUGGUGGACAACGCCGGAAUGUCCGAUCUCCUAGCUAAACACCUCUCACUGCCCUCGUUGAAAAAUGUCCUUUCCCUCCAUGUCUUUGCAGAUUACUUUGGAGCCAGAAAGCUCCAUCAAAUCAGCAAAGGAUCCACCACAACUUCCACCUUAUUCCAAGCCACCGGCGAGGCUGCCGGCACCGCCGGCUACGUCAACAUUACCGACAUGAAAGGCGGCAAAGUCGGGUUCGCAACGGGCAAUAACGAAGGCGAGUAUGGCGACCUUACCUCUACUUUUGUCAAGUCUGUUGAUGAAAUACCAUAUGUGGUUGCUGUCAUCCAAAUCAGCCACGUUUUACUAUCUCCUGAUGCUGAAGCUCCGGUCUCUGGACCUGGAGCCCUGAACGUGACUACUUUAAUGGAGAAACAAGGCUGCAAAGCAUUUGCAGACUUGUUAAAGAGUUCAGGGGCUGAAGAAACCUUUGUCCAAAACGUCGAGGCUGGUUUAACAGUGUUUUGUCCAUCUGAUGGAGUCCUGAGCUCUUUCAUGCCCAGCUACAAAAACUUGACUUCUGAAGGGAAGGUUUCAUUGCUGCUCUAUCAUGGGACCCCAACCUACAAAUCUCUAGGGAUGUUGAGAUCAAAGAAUGGGAAAAUGAACACUUUGGCCACCGAGGGAGCUAACAAGUACGAUGUCACAGUGCAAAACGACGGAGAAGACGUGAAACUGGACACCAAUGUGGUGACAGCGACAAUUACAGGAACAGUGAUUGAUGAAGAUCCAGUAGCUGUUUUCAAGAUUGAUAAAGUUUUGUUGCCUAGAGAAUUGUUCAAGGAAGCUCCCCCUGCCCCUGCUCCAAAAGGUUCCAAGGGUGCGAAGGAGAAGGAUACAGCCGCAGAUGCCCCGGGACCUGCCGCCGACGAGGAUAGCGUACCGGCGGAUCAGACGGCUAGUGACAAUGGAGCAAUAAGGAUCGUUAAUUUUCGUGGUGGAUGGAUGUCGGUGGCUUUGAGCUUGAUUUUGGGAUGUCUCGUUUUCGUUUGAUUUGGACUUGGGUGAGAUUUUUGUGUUACAUACGUCUCAUGUUGUUUAUUUCUUUUGUUAAAAAAAGGCACAAAAAAAAGUACGGUUUUCUUGUUUCCUAUGCUAGUUUUUUUGUGUUAAAUUAUAACACAAAAUAAUUAGUUUCUCCUCCCUCUUGAA